GAAUGCGCUAUUGCACUGUGCUGACAUCGGCAACCCGAUGAAGCCCUGGGACAUUUGCUACCAGCUCGCCCAUCUCUGCUUAGAUGAGUUCUUCGCGCAGGGCGACAUGGAGAAAGAGCGCGGCAUCCCUGUGCAAAUGUUGAACGACCGAGAGAAGGUGAACCGGCCAAACUCACAGGUGGGCUUCAUCGAGUUCGUGAUUUGCCCCAUGGCCGAGUCCAUUUGUAAUAUCUUUCCACAGCUGGACAGCCUUGCCCAGCACUUGGGCACCAACGUUCAGAAUUGGGUGCAGCUUUGGAUCGACGAGGCCUCCCCUCCUGAGGAGCAGGCGGCCAAGGUCCAGGAGCGCGUCCGCCGGGUUGUGCUGCGAUUAAAGGUGGUCACGCGAGAAGAGCGUGGCAUUCCACAAGACUAAGCUGGGCCGGAGAAUGUAUCCUACACGAGUUUAGCCCGAUGGGUAGGGGUGAGCUGACCAUUGCGCCGUUGGGCA